AUGAUUGCUACAAUGCCACCCAUCGUAUUGUUAGUCACAGAACGCACGGAUACGUACUGGCAGAGAAGGAAUGCUGCGGUUGGUGUUAAAGUGCAGGGUUGGCCUCUGCUGAGCGGACACAGAUGCUUUGGUAAAUACCUUCAUUGGAUCCAUAAGGAGCAGAACAGCAAAUGUCACCAAGCGGGGCUGACGAAGACGACGGCAGACACAAUGUUUGAGUGCAGCAGCUGGUCGGAGGAACGAGCAAAGGGGAAGAGGGUGGUGGGCACUUUCGGCAUAGCAUCGGUAGCCGAGAAGAUGAUGUCACGGGCCAAGUGGUGGGACACUGUUUCCACAUUCGCCAAACAGGUCAUGGUGAAGAAAGAAGACCACGAGUGA